GGAUGAGCUCAUCCUGAAGAAGCCAGUUUGUGAACGCAGAGUGUGGACAGAAAGAGUCCAAACCUUUGACUGAGAGCUGCUCCGGCUUCUGCUGCACGAAUAGGACGUGUCCGGGGAUUUUAAACAGGGAAAGUUGCAAUAUGGUUUUGUCCCGGGAGAGUGAGGCGGAUCGGCCCUCCCUGUCUGUCAUCCUACCGCGGCUCUACCUUGGAGCAGAGAGCGACGUGACGCAGGACCGGCUGGCCUCUCUGGGUAUCUCCUAUGUGCUGAGUGUUAGCCACUGCAGCCCUGAGCCCUCCUUUCUGCCUCGCUCCAGAUAUCUUCGUAUCCCCAUUGACGACUCCCUGUGGGACGACCUGCUGCCCUGGAUCCCACAGGCUCUUCAGUUCAUUGAUGCAGCAAUGUCCUCUGGUGCCUCAGUGUUGGUUCACUGUGUGGCAGGAAUCUCUCGCUCCCCGGCUCUGGCUGUAGCCUACAUUAUGUACAGCCUGGGAAUGGACCUGGACCACGCCUACAGGUUUGUGAAGGAGCGGCGACCGUCCAUUUCCCCAAAUUUCAACUUCCUGGGUCAGCUGCAGCACUUCCAGAGCACUCUGAGCCAGAAGGCCUCUGGUGGCGACCUCCUCAUCAAGCAGCUGGACAAUCGUCUGCUAUCCAUUAAUGACAGUCAGAACAGGAAUUAUCAGGCUGACAGUGUCACCAGCGACUCAGCAGAGGUCAAGCAGGCACACAGAGAGAACUUAUACCACACAGACAAAACACAGCAGAGACACUCAAAUGGAAGUGGAAACCAGCAGGUUUCCCUGUCAGGGACACUUCGGACUUUUCAUUUGACUCUUAAUCAAAUCCAACAGCAACUCCAGCAGCCAUGUGAGGUUCCAUAUCCAAGCCCCUGCGAGCCCCUCAAAUCAGCAGCAAAGCCCACAAAACUACAACUCCCAGCAGGCUCUGCUUCUCUAUUAGAGAAACGCAAAAGCCUAACACUCGUUUUGACUCCUUUGGCAAUCUGCCCUGCCACCUCAGCAAGUAGCAGCGAGCAAGCAAGGGGAACCAGCACAUCUGCAACCCUCCACAACAGGGAGACAGGGAGCAUAUGGCCCCACAGGCAGGCAGAGAACUCCCACAGGGAGCAGAGUCCCUCCCACAGCCAGUGCAGCACAGCAGAUAUACAGGGCCUGCUGUCGCCCUUCAGCUUCACCCUCAACAAGCUGCUGGGCUGGGGGGAGAGGGUGCUGCUGGGAGGGGCGUUUGUCCACACUGUAAAGAUGGGGCAGCCUGCACUGCCCUACAGGUGCUGAGGGGUGCAAGAGCAGCUGAUGUUAAGGAUGUUUGUUAUGUCUGUUUGUGUCUGUGCAUGUUUGUCAAAUUGAAGCAAACCACAUGUUUUUGCUACAUUUACAGGAGAUCUGAAAGAAUGUUUGUCUUCUAUUUAUUUAUUUAUUGCAGAGCUGAAUAUAAGAACUAUACUUGACCAUAAACCUCUACACAAAUGCAUCUUGUUUGUUACAUAUUAACACUGGUCAACUUAUCUCAACAUUUUUAAGAUUCAGUUAUUUUAAAAGACUUUUGGCAGAAUGGCUUGAGAUGUAUUUACUGAUGAUUAAAGAUGAUAUUUCAACCAUG